GCACCCACGGACUCAAAAGACGAUUUACGCGUCGUCCCAAGUCCGCCGAAAAGAAAAAAGAAGAAGAGAAAGGGAAAGAAGAAAAAGAUGCGGAAGGUGAAAGUAAAGCCGCGAGGGGGUCGACACAUCAAAGAUACGUACCAGGACCUUCGAUCUUUGAGCUUGCCCAUCUACGACAAAUCAACGGGUACGUACACACAAGAAGAACUUCUGAAGUUGUGCCAAGAAACGGAGAAUGUUAGCGCAAAAUUUGGCAUCACCGACAUGUCUUCAUUUGCUGGCAGCAACUGUGCUCUCAUCCAGCUCUACUAUCCAGAAGUCACAUGUGAACAGAUCAACGUAUUUCUGGAAUAUUGCCAAAAGGCUAACGCUCAUGCAUGA